AUGCUUCCUGUGUUUAGGCCGCUGUGCCUCCCGCAGUUCAGGUACCUGAGAAAUGGUGCGGCGCUCGCGGGGCUCACGCAGAGUCUUGCGUAUAGUGGAGUAAAGAGAGCGGCUGCGGCGCCGGCAAGGAAACAGACACAGCGAAACUUGGGUGAGAUAGGGGUGGCUCUGCAGGGUGAAUGCGGAGAGCGCCCGCCUGAUGCAGCAGUAUGGAAUGCGCUAAGAAAGGACCCGGUGAGCAAAACUGUGCGCGACUUUGUCUGGAAAGCGAUCCAUGGUGCGCACCGUGUGGGUGCCUACUGGAAGCAUAUCCCAGGAUAUGAAGAGCGGGGUGUUUGCAAUGUGUGCGGGGUGGAGGAUAGCAUGAAGCACAUCCUUGUCGAGUGCACGGCGCCGGGACAGGCGCUGGUAUGGGGAGUGGUACGGUGUCUGUUCAAAACCAAGGGCAUUGCGGUGCCGACGAUAUCGCUGGGGCUUGCUCUCGGGGCGCACAUGUUCGUGGUAUUGAAUGAGAAGGGCGAUGUGGUGGUGGGGAAAACCCGGGGUGCACGAAUCAUUCUGACUGAAGCAGUACACACCAUCUGGGCGCUCCGGUGCGAGCGGGUGGUGGGCUGGGAGGCGACGCCGGAGCGAAGGCAUGCCGCACAGGAAGUCCUCAACAGAAUUGGAGGCAAGCUUAAUAAACGGGUACAAAUGGACCAAGGUGCAACAAACGUUCGAACCCAUAAGAAGAGGGCGAUAGGAAAGGCUAAAGUGUCAGAAACUUGGAGAGGUAUCCUCCAGGCGGAGUCUGAAAUUCCGGAGGACUGGAUGCAUUUAACGGGGGUUUUAGUGGGUAUCCCGUCCCUUGCAGACCUGCGAGACAUGGGCUAG